AUGACGGACCUCUCAGUGGAGAUCACCGCGCCCAAUGGCAAAAAAUACACCCAGCCCACUGGUCUUUUUAUCAACAAUGAAUUCGUCAAGGGCAAUGGCGGAACGAUUGUCUCUAUUGACCCAGCCACGGAAACAGAAAUCGCGACAGUUCACGCCGCCAGCGCGGAUGACGUCGAUCGUGCGGUGCGAGCCGCUCGCGUCGCCUUGAAGCAUCCUUCCUGGAAGAAUCUUCCAGCUACAGAUCGGGGUCGCUUGAUGGCUCGAUUGGCGGAUCUGGUUGAAGAAAAGAAAGAGAUUUUUGCUACGAUCGAUGCCUGGGAUAAUGGCAAGCCGUACUCGGUCGCCUUGAACGAAGAUCUUGGAGAGGUAGUCCUCACUUUGCGCUAUUACAGUGGCUGGGCCGAUAAGACCUUUGGACAAACCAUCAACACUACCCCUGAGAAGUUUGCAUACACACUGCGCCAACCCAUUGGCGUUGUUGGACAAAUUAUUCCAUGGAACUAUCCUCUUUCAAUGGCAGCUUGGAAGCUCGGUCCAGCUCUGGCCUGCGGCAAUACAGUUGUUCUCAAGCCCGCGGAGCAGACACCCCUCAGCGUUCUAUUGCUGGGAGAAUUGAUCAAGGAGGCCGGCUUCCCACCAGGUGUUAUCAAUAUUGUCAACGGCUACGGUCGUGAAGCGGGCGCCGCUCUUGUGGAACAUGACUUGGUCGACAAAAUCGCCUUCACUGGCUCAACUACCACUGGUCGCCAGAUCAUGAAGUUGGCAUCCGCAACAAUGAAGAAUAUAACACUCGAGACGGGUGGUAAAUCCCCACUUAUUGUGUUUAGCGACGCUGAUCUCGAACAAGCUGUGAAGUGGUCUCAUUCAGGCAUCAUGUCAAACCAGGGCCAGAUCUGCACAGCAACAUCCCGCAUAUUCGUCCAAAAGGAGAUAUACGACACAUUCAUUGAGAAGUUUAAGGAAGCUGUCAAGACAACAUCCAAAGUCGGCAAUCAGUGGGAUGAGUCCACCUUCCAGGGUCCGCAGGUGACCCGUGCUCAAUAUGAGCGUAUUCUGGAUUAUAUCAAUGUUGGCAAGUCCGAAGGUGCUACCGUUCUUACUGGCGGAGAACCUUAUCGUGGAGAGAGCGAUAGUGGAAGCACUGAUUUCAGCAAAGGAUUUUUUAUUGCACCAACAGUAUUCACCAACGUUGUUGACUCUAUGCGAAUCUGCCGUGAGGAAAUCUUUGGUCCCGUGGUGGUAAUUGCCUCCUUCGACACAGAGGAGGAGGUUAUAGAACGCGCCAAUGGAACAACCUAUGGCCUCGGUGCAUCCGUUUUCACCCAGAAUAUCCAGCGAGGUCAUCGCGUCGCGGCAGAGAUCGAAUCUGGUAUGGUAUGGAUUAACAGCUCGCAGGAUAGCGAUCCACGCAUUCCAUUUGGAGGAGUCAAACAAUCCGGGAUUGGCCGAGAAUUGGGUGAAGCUGGCCUAGAGGCUUAUUCUCAAAUUAAGUCUGUUCAUGUCAACAUGGGAACUGUCCUAUAA